AUCAGUCUGGUGAAAAAUGAGAAAUUCCAUCAUCUGGAACUGUUUAUUUACGGUCCAGCUGCGUUAUGAGAAAACAUUCUCCGCGUCGCGUCUACUUACGCUAUUCUCCUCUGGCCUGAUUUCUCAGUGGGGGAAAGUUUAAAAGAUUAAUUAGACCACAUUGGCAAGUGGCGUCUGUUUACGGUGAUUAAUCUGGCGCUGGCACGUCGGGGUGUCUUGCACUGCAUUUGCAUCGGAGUCUGGCCACGCACGAUCAGCUUAUUCAGACACCAGCGAGCCACCAUGGCGAACCUGCAUUCGCCAACUAAACCCCUCUACCAACUGGUCGACAUUGGGGCCAAUCUGACCAGUGGGAAAUUCGGCCGGGAACUCGAUCAAGUGGUGGAACGGGCCGCGGAGGCCGGAGUUUUUAAGAUUAUGGUCACUGGAUCGUCCAUUGAGAGCAGUAAAGACGCGUUGAGAUUAUCAAGAUUAUACCCGAAUCAUUUAUAUUCUACGGCCGGUGUUCAUCCGCACGAAGCCAAGGACUGGGAUGAUACGUGCGCGGAGAAUAUCAUCGAACUGGCCAAGAACCCCGAGUGCGUCGCUAUCGGUGAAUGUGGUUUAGACUUCAACCGCAACUUCCCCCAGGACGCCCAGAUCAGCGUCUUCGAGAAGCAAGUCCAACUAGCCUGCCAGCUAAAGAAGCCCUUGUUCGUCCACGAACGGGAAGCCAGCGACGCCCUGCUCAAAGUCCUCCUGCAGUACCGCAGCCAACUCCCGCCCACCGUCAUCCACUGCUUCACCGGCACCAAGGCGGAAGUACAACGUUACCUAGAUCUGGGUUUCUACAUCGGUCUAACCGGAUUCCUGUGGAAGGAUAAAUCCGUGGACGGCGUGCGCUGUAUCCUGGAGGAACGGAUCAUUCCGUUGGAUCGGCUGCUGGUGGAGACCGACGCGCCCUACAUGUUCCCCAACGUCAAAGCCUCCAAGGUGCCCAAACCCAUACGGGAGGCGCUGACCGAGCAGAGCACCGGCUGGCUGAACCGGUAUUGUAGUUUUCAGCGGAAUGAGCCGUGCUCGCUGCCGGUGACGGUGGAGAUGGUCGCGGCUUAUAUGAAGACGGUGCCCGGUGUGGUAGCUAUGAGCACGACGCAGAAUGCGUUGAAAGUCUUUGGUUUGAUGUGAAAAUUGGGUGGAGCUGGGAUUUUUUUUAUAAUGGUUCGAUGAAUUUCGUUUUAUGUUUGAAUCGACUUCGAUCUUUAAAAUUAACAAUAAUUAUUAAAUUUGGAAACAUUCUAAAACAUGAGCCACAAAAUGGGUAAUAAAUAAAUUGUGCCUUUA